AUGUUGUUUCUCACUGUUUGUUUUUUGUGCUGUACAAUACCGUUCGCUUCUAGCGAUGAUGGUGAACUCUGGAGAUCAGACGUAGUAUACCACACUAAAGGCAUCAUCAAGCUGCCAUAUGCAGACGUAGCAGAGCCGUUUGAGGCAUGGUAUGAUGGCAAGAAGAUGCGCAGUCGACAGAGCUACUAUAACGGCAUGAAUGACAUUAUUCAACGUGGAGAUCAGCAGCCCUAUGGAUAUGUCUACUCUAUAGUGCCAAUGACAACAAAGAAAGUGCGGAAUGAGAUUACUUGCUUUGUUCAAAAUGGAACCGAAGAGAAUCCUUUGCUCAAAAUUCAAACAGUCUUGCCAGAUACAAAAUAUUUUACGAUGUCUGGGCCUGUAGUGUACAAUGGACGUAAUUGUACAAGGUUUUACUUGGAUCAGUUUAAGGGAUACAAGCAGAAUUUCUAUGAAUUGCUUGUGACAUCUGAUGAGUCAGGAGCACCCAUUCCUGUGUACUUUCAUUUUUUAGGCUAUGACUCAGUUUUUGGCUCGCAUUAUGAUGAGUAUGAAUUCUUCUAUGAUAUGUUUGAACUGCAUAUUGAAAUUUCUGAAGAAGUCUUCGAUGUUCCAGAAGUCUCUCGUAUUUGGGUGCCAUAUGUCUUCUGUGUUAAAGACAAAACUGCUGUGUCAGAGGAGUAUUCUGUUCGUGCGUUUAUUUGUAGAUGCCAACAGAUUAUGGAAACAGAAAGUCAAGAUGAUUACAUUGCUGAAAUUGAAUUCUUGGAAGGCCUUAUAGACUCUGACACAAUUGACGGUAAGGAAUGUCAAGGGUUUCCUGGCCCUGGCUCUCAAGAUUAUCUUAACACAGUUGUGAAUCCUAUCAGUGAGCUGCUCUGUGAUUCUGGUGAAAUUGAUCAACAGUUUGAGAACUUUAAAUCAAUUCAUGGCAAGUCAUAUGAUGAUUCCAAAGAACAUGAAAGCAGGAAGAUUCAUCCAUUCUACUAA